GGAAGGGGGAAUGGGAUGUUGUGCAGUGUGGCCGCACAGCUUCAUGGGAAUCGUAGUCCAGCUCCCCAACCCAACAGAUGGCGCUGCUGAUUAAUGAGAGAAAGCAGGGAAUACGAAGUGAGCGGGACAGACAAAUGGACGCUAUUCCCCACAGCACAACCGCAACAGACGGUGAAUCUUGGAACUAUACAAAUCUUAUUAAGUAGAGCAAUAGGAGGAGUUUUCGGAAGACGGGCUGAGAGUCAGAUGUCUGACUUAACCCGGCAGCUACCACUACUGGAAGUUCCCGCGAGAUUUCAGACUGCGCUUAUUAAGUCCUUCUGGAGAAGGCGAGGAGGGGAUCUAGAGGAGACGCUGCCGGAAUCCGAUGGCAGGAGCCGGGGCUACCGUACUGCUGCGGGAGGAAAAUGGCUGCUGCAGCCGACGCCAGAGCAGCUCCAGCGCGGGGAUUCCUUCUCAGCUGGUGAGCCCCGAGUUCUGGGCCUGGCCAUGGUUCCCGGACACCACAUCGUUUCUGUUGAAGUCCAAAGGGAGAACCUGACCUGCCCUCCUUACCUGUGACUCCCAAUCCUCAGCACCAACCAGGGCAGGCAGAAUGGGAAGCUGUGAUUAUCUGUUUUGCAUUCAUCCUCAUCUUGUGAUUAAAACCUGUGAUCUGU